CCGAACACGUUAUCAGGUCGACCAGUUAGUAAACGACAAGCCUAGUUGAGGAGUGUCGCUUUAUUUAAUUAUAUAGUUUUGUUCUCGUAAUUAGGGCUCCAUUUUGUUCAUCAAUUCCGAUUGUGUACCAAAAGAAAACUCCAAUCUCGAUCGAAUUUCAUAGCCACUGCAUUAAUAUGUAUUGUUGAAAAUCUCCAUUUAUCUUCUUCCCCUCACCGACAAACACUAUUCCAUGGCGGAUACGUCCUACACAAGCCUUCCUACUAGUCACUUGCCUGGUUCCGUUCCGGCUGUCAUCACAGAAGUAAAGGCUCCAGUUAUACAACAGGAUCCUGAAGCAAACCUGCAAAUAUUUCCUCCUAACAGUAGUGCUGGUGGCAGGGGUUACCAGACUCUCACAGGCCCAAGUGAUGGAAAUGGACAACAAUCUGCCAACAACUGGAAUGGAGCAUUCAGCAUCUCAUCCUACACACAAUAUUUUAACGUUGAUACAGAUGAUGUUGUGAACAGAUUAACAAGUUCUUUAUACCCCGCUGGUGACUUUUUCAGGAAAAUUGAAGCUAACCCAGAUCUAUAUGGGCUCAUCUGGAUUGCUACCACAUUGGUAUUUGUGAUAGCUUCAGUGGGUAAUCUUGCCACGUAUUUAAUGACUAAAAAAGGAGACUCUAAUGUUGCAUGGAGCUUUGAUGUGAACUACUUCCAGGUGUCAGCCAUUGCAGUGUAUGGUUAUGCAUUUUUAGUUCCACUUGGUUUUUACUUGUUGCUUCAGUAUUUUGGUUCAAAAGUUGGGCUUGUUCACUUGUGGUGCAUGUGGGGAUACUCUCUCUUCAUUUUCAUCCUCAGUUCUGUUUUGUUGGUUAUACCUGUGGAAUUUGUGAGAUGGAGCAUCACGAUCAUAACAGGUGUCGCGUCUGCAGCUUUUGUUGGUUUGAAUCUGAGGUCUCAUGUGGAGUUGACUGAGUUGACCCUUGUGUUAGUUGCUGCAUGUGUGUUGCAGUUUGGUCUUGCUAUUUUUAUCAAGUCGUGGUUCUUUCAAUGAGUGAGUUACCAUAUAUAUUUUUUGCUUUUUUUUUUUUGCUUAUUGCAAGUGAAUUUUGGAAGUUGUUGAUUGUAGAGAUUGUGAUAGUUUUAUAGGCAUCUUAUAGAAAUGGAAGAAUGUGUUUUUGAUUUGGAUUUGUGUGUAAAAUAGAAUGAUGAUUUUGGAGUUGGACAUUAUGUGAUUUUGUAGCGUAUAUGUGUUAAGUUGGUUUAAUGAAAUUUGUA